AUGUCUUUGUCAAGAGACUACUUCGAAGAGGCCGGCAAUGGGCGCCGUUUAUCUCGCACGGAAACCGUCGAGACCCUCGCCAGUCUGGGUAUCUCCGAAAGCCCACCUCCAGUCGACUACAACUAUCCAGAUCUUGGACGUUACGAUGAUCCUCUUUUCCCCGAAGAGUACAACAUCGAGACGGGCACUGGUCUCGUUCCCGAGCGAACAUUGGAACAAGUCCGGACCCGACGACGAAGGUCGACCGCACCCCAGCCACAGUCUAUUUCCACAGUUCCAAGUGAGGCCGAGAAAGAGGAGAACACGGAGUUUGUCACAUUCGUCAUUGGGGAUCCUGAAAACCCAUAUAAUUGGUCUCAUCUGUAUAGAUGGUAUAUCACCAUGGUAGCAUCAAGUCUCGUCGUCUGUAUAGCCUUUGGUUCAUCAAUUGUCACCGGUGGCAUAGGCCUAAUUUCGGAAAAGUACGACGUCUCUGAAGAGGUGUCCAUUCUCACUUGCUCGAUUAUGGUCUGUGGAUUCGCAGUCGGACCAUUACUUUGGUCCCCGCUAUCAGAAAUCAUCGGUCGACAACCAGUUUAUAUCAUCUCAAUGGGUCUAUACACCAUCUUCAACAUUCCCUGCGCCUUAUCUCCCAACAUAGGAGGACUCCUAGCUAGCAGAUUUCUCUGCGGUGUGUUCUCCAGCUCUGGACUUGCGCUAGCCGGUGGAACAAUUGCCGAUAUCUGGAGAAUCAGAGAACGCGGUAUGGCCAUUGCCUAUUUCGCCGCAGCGCCAUAUUGCGGUCCCGUUCUGGGACCUAUCGUAUGCGGAUGGAUCAAUGUCGGCUCCCACCGUCUCGACCUCUUUUUCUGGGUUAACAUGGCUUUUUCCGGUGUUAUGACAAUUCUCGUCGGUAUCAUCCCAGAGACCUACGCCCCGGUUAUUCUCAAACGACGCGCGAAACGACUCCGAAAAGAGACAGGAGACCCGAAUAUCGUCACAGAGCAAGAGAAACACAAAUUCAGUCUAGGCGAUAUUAUCCGUACAAGUCUAAUCCGCCCAAUUACCAUGAUCCUCACAGACCCAGUCCUUGAUCUGAUGUGCAUGUACAUCGUCCUCAUCUACGCCCUCCUCUAUGCAUUUUUCUUCGCAUACCCCGUCAUCUUCGGCAAACUCUACAACUACAACGACGGCCAGAUCGGUCUGAUGUUCAUCCCGAUCUUAAUCGGCGCAGGGUUCUCCCUACUCACGACGCCUUUGAUUGAGAAGCAAUUCCGGGGCAUUUGUCGUUCACGGGAACCCACGCCCGAGGACCGGCUCAUCGGUGCCCUCAUCGGGGCUCCGUUUAUAGCUAUUUCGCUUUUCAUCCUCGGUGCUACUUCUUAUAAACAUAUCAUCUGGGUUGGGCCGGCUUCGUCGGGUAUUGCGUUUGGGUUUGGUAUGGUACUUUGCUACUAUGCGGUCAAUAACUAUAUCAUCGAUUCGAAUCAUAAGUAUGCUGCUUCUGCAUUGGCUGCGAAGGUGUUCCUGCGUUCCGGGGGUGGAGCUGCUUUUCCUUUGUUUACGACUCAGAUGUAUAAUCGUUUGGGGUUGCAGUGGGCUUCGUGGUUGUUGGCGUUUAUUGCGCUUGCUAUGAUUCUGAUUCCGUACUGUUUCUAUGUUUUUGGAGCUAGGCUUCGUGCUAGGUUUGCUCGAGAUUGA